UCUGGAGUAUGGUGUUGCCUUUCAGGAGUUUAUGUUCCUGUACCCUGAUCGAUAAAACUAUGGAAAGUCUCCACUCUUCCUGAGCGAAAAUGUCCACGGUCACAGUGCAGCUGGGUCAGUGCGGUAACCAGGUGGGUCACGAGCUGUUUGACAUCAUCUGCAGCGAUGCUCAGGAGGGACAGAGGAAGGUGUACACGACAGCCAGCUGUGAGCGCUUCUUUCAUCAAACCACAGACGGAGACCUUAUAGCCAGGGCGGUGCUGAUUGACAUGGAGCCAAAAGUGAUCAACCAGAGUAUCAGCAGGGCUGCAAGAUCUGGCAGGUGGAGGUACGGAGAGACUGCACACUUCAGCCAGAAGCAGGGCUCUGGGAACAACUGGGCUAAUGG